UUUCAUAUAAAGAUCCAUCGUUGCAGACAUAGUCUCAACUUUAUUUCUUGACCUCACUCCAAAGCAGCACAUCUGCUCUCCACAAUUCAAACAUGGGAGGCACAAUCAACAAAUACAUUCUUUUGUUUUCAGUCUUUUGGUUUCAACCUACCACAACCUGCGACAGUAUAACCUCGACUGCAACAACCUGUGACAGCAGAACCUCGCUCUUAACAACCUACCACAACAAUGAGGAGUUCAGGAUUUUGAUGGUGGGGAAGACCGGCGUUGGGAAGAGCGCCACAGGAAACACCAUUCUGGGAAAACAGAUCUUUAAAUCAGAGUUCUCCCCUAAAUCUUUGACAAAAGUCUGUAAAAAGGCCUUUGGUGAAGUGGACGGGCAAAAGGUUUCUGUUAUUGACACUCCGGGUCUGUUUGACACCAGCACUAAUGAAAGCAAAACCUGUGAAGAAAUAGUCCGGUGCAUGUAUUAUGCUGCUCCUGGACCACAUGUCUUCCUGGUCGUCAUCAGACUGGGCAGAUACACAGAGGAAGAAAAGAAUACAGUGCUGAAGAUUCAGGAACUGUUUGGAGAGGGAGCAGACAGAUACAGCAUGGUUCUCUUUACCCACGGUGAUCUGCUCAAAGGGAAACCUAUUGAGGAGUUCUUGAAGGAAAGCGAAGAGUUGAAGGAACUUGUGGACAAAUGUAACGGCCACUACCACGUCUUCAAUAAUGAGGUGGAGGAUCAGUCGCAGGUCAGAGAGCUGCUCUACAAGAUCAGAUACAUAUUGGCGGAGAACGGAGGAAGCCAUUACACCACUGAAAUGUUCCAGGAGGCAGAGGAGGCGGUUGAAAAGGAAAAACAACGAAUCCUUAAAAAGAGAGAAGAGCAAAUGCGCAAACAGGUGGAGAUGCUGGCGAAAAAACUAGAGGAAAAGUUUGAGCAACAAAUGAGGGAAGUGAAGGAUAACAUGGAGAAGGAGAAUAAGUUAAGGGAAUCUCGUGAAAGAGAAUAUAAAGAGGAAAUUGAAAAACUGAAGAAGGAGCAGGAAAUUCGGGCAAGACGAGAUGCUGAGAAAAGCACUCCAUUGCUCCAAAAGGUAUUUCAGUUCAUAAAAACUGCAUUUAAGCGGUUAUUCUCGUAAUGAUCUUUUGUGGCUUUGUGAGGAUGGACUGUUCUCAUUGAGCCUGAAUUGUAACAAUUCACAUAAUUGUGACAAUUACUUGGUGUUGCUUGUGCUUUAAUUACAUUUUCAUACAGAUAUGAUUUAGGCUGAUCUGUAAUGCUCCAUUAUUUUCUGCAAUGAUUUUAACUCAUGAUGUUCACAAAAUAUUCUCUAAAUGACCAUUUUCUUGUUUUGUACACACAUUUUUGAUGAGCAAUCGAUGUGUAAAUACAUUGAAUGGUGAAAAUAUGUAAUCAAAAACAGGGUUUGAUUUUGUUAAAAUCUGAAGUAUAUAUAACAUAUAAAUCUAAAGUCAGUAACUCAGUAAAAUAGGAUUUUAUGGUAAAAACUAAAACAGAAAACCUUUAACAUUUAAUUUGUACAACUUACUGCCAACACAAGUGCCUGAUCCUUAACAUUCUUUGGUACCAGGAAUUCGUAGGAGUUCCCUUUCUACAUACAUAAACAGCUGACAAUAAAUGAUAAAUGUUUAGCAGUACCAUAGCUUGUAAAGAGUAUGUUGCUCAGGUGAUAAGAAUCAAGCUGAAUAGAUGAGUUAUGAGACUGUAAAGACAACUUCUUUUUGUUCAAUAAAGGACUUUUCCCUUCAGUUUAAUGUGACUGGAGUGUUGAACCAAACCAGGUGGAAGCCUUGAAAAUAAACAGAUUUUUCCAAACAA